CGAACAGGAGGGGGGUUCACCAGGGAUGUGAAGCGGUGGAAGAGAGCUUGCUUUUGAACGUUUUUCCCGGGGACUCAGAGCUGGACUGCGAACGUCAUUUCAUAGGUAACAGUUUGUGAAUCCUGGAAUCCUCACUGACAAAAGCACCAGGGGCAGGCUGGACCCACACCUCUGAGUUUUGCUUCACAGAGGCUGUACCCCUGCAGCUCCCUAGCUUCACAUCCCCUCCCUGUCCUCCCCCCGCCUGUCCAGUAAGAUGGCUGCUGCCGAACCCCUGACAGUACUCUCGCGCUGGUACCUCUACGCCAUCCAUGGUUACUUUUGUGAGGUGAUGUUCACUGCUGCCUGGGAAUUUGUAGUCAACUUCAACUGGAAGUUCCCGGGCGUCACCAGCGUCUGGGCCCUCUUCAUCUAUGGCACCUCCAUCCUGAUCAUAGAGCGCAUGUACCUGCAGCUCAAGGACCGCUGCCACAUCCUGAUUCGCUGCCUCAUCUAUACGCUCUGGACCUACUCCUGGGAGUUCCUCACAGGCUUCAUCCUGCGCCAGUUCAAUGCCUGCCCAUGGGACUACACUGAUUUUGACUAUGACUUCAUGGGCCUGAUCACCCUGGAGUACUGCCUGCCCUGGUUCUGUGCUUCCUUGAUCGUCGAACAGCUCGUCAUCAGAAACACCCUCAGGCUUCGCUUUGACGAGAAGACCGAUCCUGCUGCUGCCGUGGAAACAACCGGAACGGCCAAUGGGCAUAUAAAGAAUGACUGAAGCUUUCCCUGUGCGGGAAAAAUGGUCAAUUCAAGGCAUCAUUUUACACAGAGAGCUGUUCUUAAAUUAAUUAGACAAUCCAUUUCUGUUUAAAAACAUAGGAAAUGGACAGACCUUGGGGAUGUGGAAUGAAAUUAAAUCGGGUGGUGACAUCAGAUAGUGACAUAAUCAUAAUUAUAGCCUGUCAGUCGGCUAACAUGAGAAUUAAGUUAGCAGUAAAACAGUGAAGAGGAAUUAAACCAUAAUAAUCAUGUAGCUUGAAUUGUUUAUGUAAAGUGUGCAUUUUUUAAAUAAAUGCACAUUUGGAAACAGUAUUCCCAAGAAGGGAUAUACGAAGGAACAAUUUUGUCAGCCCCACGGCUACAAUAAGUUUUAAAACAAUACAAAUGGAAUGUUUUAACUUAUUAUCAGGUUUAAAUCGCUUAAAACAUAUACAACCA